AACUGUUCUUGCUAGACCUAGUCCAAAUAUACUCUUUCCUAAGACCUAAUUAUCCAACAUAUUAAGCUCGAGCCAGAUUUAGUACAGUCGAGCAUAUGCAAAAGAUUGCAGAAACAGCAAGAAAACUUGGAAUUCUGGUGAUUGCAGACGAAGUUUGUGCUAUGCCCAUCAAGUCUUCGGAGAAAAACCAUUUAUCCUCAUGGGAGUAUUUGGUGCAAUAGCGAUCGUUCCUGGGUGGCGUUUUGGAUGGAUUGCAGUAACUGCUCCAAUAUUUUUCACAAAACUAGGGUUUAAUUUUCUCUCUACAACAAUCAUUCUUUCUAAUCAAAUUCUUGCAUGUCCACACAAUCCCGAGGGAUCUACGUUUGUCAUGGUGCAGUUAAAUCUAUCAGGGUUUUAUGAUGUAGUUGAUGAUACAGACUUCUGUGUGAAGUUGGCUAAAGAGGAAUCCAUGAUCCUUCUACAGGGGUAUGCUGUUGGCUUAAAAAACUGGCUUCUAGUGAGUUUUGCAGCAGAGCCAAAAGUACUAGAAGAUGCAAUUGGGAGGCUGAAAGCGUUUUGUUUGAGGCAUGCAAAACAUCAUUAGGACAAUACAUGGGACAGUUGAUGAUUGGAAUACCAAAAGUUGUCCAAAUGGUUGUAAGAUAUUAUUUCUCUUGUUGACAGGUAGUAUUUUCAUUUCGAUUUGUAUCUAAUAUUAUAGUUCAAUCUACGCUGAAUACAUGUAUUAAGAAAUGAGUGUAUGGUAUCCCAUUCGCAGUACACAUUUUGGGAUGUGGUCGUUUAGUGUUUGUCAAAUACACUAGCAAAACUAUAUAAUAAUUUUCUCAUAUCAAUAAUUGAGCAACC